ACGGCGUCAACUUACGCUGGUGAAGCUGGUCGCGUGGGAAGUCGGCGGCUAUCGACAAACCUCAGAGCGGUCGACGUGGGGGAGCUGUCGGUGAUUUAGAGCGGGGCCGGCUCGAUUGCUGUUUCUCACGUGGUUAUGGAGCGUGGAGAAGUGAGGCAGAGAAGAAGGGCAGCAGUGUAUGUGUUUCUAGUGGUAUAUAAAGCGCACGCAAGCAUUCGACGUGUCUGUUGUUCUAUGGCGGGCGAGACGGCUGCGAGAGGUGAGGCAGUGGCGUCAGACUUGGCGUACCGAGCUCCGACAAUCAGCUCGACUGGCCAGCAUCAACAUUACAAACACCAUCACCGCCGCACCACCGCCAACGCCUGCAGCCGUGUCUGCACCCUCCGAACACCCCCAUACCACCAACACCACCUCUAGCAGCAGAGCCGCCCACGUGAUCGCGUGUCAUGGUACGCUCGCCU